UCUCUGUUGGCCGCCGAGCUUCGCAGAGCUCCCGCCGCGGCGCCACGGUCCGGUCCCGGGGCCACCCACGGGGCGGUGGGCCCUGCUAGGCUCCAGCUCUGCAAAAAGCCCUGAAGGGAAAUCACCCACCCAGGAGCCGGGCAGCUGGAAGAGCACCCGAGGCCACCAGCGACUGGGGCGGGUGGCUGGCUGGAUGGCGGCGGUGGCGGCCGCGCGGAGCGUCCGGAGGCGAGUUUCCCAAGGAAGCUGAACUUCUCCCAAGUUUCCUGCGCAUCAGCUGGCGCCCGGCGCUUUGGGGGCGAACUCCUUCCGCGCGGGUGGUCUUUUGGGCUCAGGAGAGAGACGAGGUGGUGAUUGGAUGAGUCCGCGGGGGCGCAGCCCCGAUUUCGUCCCGGAUUUCGCCCCGGAUCGUGCAGCGCGGAGCGCGCGGCGCUGCCCUGGAGAGGGCGGGUGAGUGACGCGCCGCGGCGGGGUGCCCGCGGGCCUCGGAGCGCGCGUCUUGGGUUGUCUGGAGUCAAAGUUCCAUGAACUUCUUCCCCCUCUUUCGGCUUCGCUAGCUGGGUGCUGUGCCUCGCGGGGCUCACCCGCGGGCCGGCUUCGGCGCGAUGGACGGCCAGAGCGGCGUGAAUGUCUCCAGCAGCAGCUUAACCCCUUCGUGGCGUAGGAGAUCGACCCCCCAGCCGCAGAUGCCGGGCCGGAGCAAGCCGAGACCCCAGUCUUACCAGAGCCCGAGCGGCUUGCUGAUCACGGAUUUCCCGGUGGAGGACCGAGGACCGUUCCCGUUGGAGGCGCAGCAGACUCCCUCCCAGGCGCCCACCGCUUCGGACGGCAGGACGACGGUCCCGAGGAGCCCCCUGCUCCUGUGCACCCAUCGGAGGGCGGUGGCCAACGGGAGGACGGUGUCCCCGGAGUACCGGGUUGCAUCUCCUCGGCUCUGGCGCCUGAAGUCCCCGCAGACCCCCAGGGGGGCGCUGGGCGGCUCCCCGAAAUCCCCCCCUGAGAACGGGACAGCGAUUUCGCCCUCGCCGCCGCCGCAGCGCCUGCGCCCCCCGCCUUCCCCUAAGGCAUCGGCCCCGUGCAGCCCCGAGGGAGCCCCGGUGGUCGGAUUGCCCGCCAGCCCCCUGCCUCCUCCUCCCGUUGCUGCAAACGGGCUUGCUGGAAACAUCGACUCCCCUUUGCAAUCCGGCCAGACGGCGAAGGACCCCGAGCGGAGACCCUCUCCCCAGAACAGGUCUUUGGAACAAAAACUCCCCCUCCAAAGGCUGCCUUCCCAGGACAACGAGCUCCCGGGGGCGGAGGCCCUUUCUUCGGUGGUUCUGAGCACCCAUAGCCCGGCCGCCCUCAAGGUGGGGAAGCAGCAGAUAAUCCCCAAGAGCCUGGCCUCGGAAAUUAAACUAAGCAAAAGCAGCGGUCAGCAUGCGGAGCCCCACAAGAGACUGCUCAAGGUGCGCAGCAUGGUGGAGGGCCUCGGGGCGUCCCUGGGGGGCCCCUCCGAGGACGAGGGCGAGGCCGACAACGACCUGGACAGCCCGGGCUCUCUGCGCAGGGGCUUGCGCUCCACGUCCUACCGCAGGGCCGUGGUCAGCGGCGUGGAUUUUGACAGCCCGACCGCCUCCAAGAAGAAGAACAGGAUGUCCCAGCCGAUCCUGAAAGUGGUGAUGGAAGACAAGGAGAAGUUUUCCAGCCUUGGAAGGAUAAAGAAAAAAGUGCUGAAAGGACAAGGACCAUUUGAUGGGGAAGAAAACGCUGUCCUGUACCAGAACUACAAAGAAAAGGCCCUUGACAUUGACUCUGAUGAAGAGUCUGAGCCCAAAGAGCAGAAGUCAGAAGAAAAAAUUGUGAUCCAGCACAAGCCACUCCGGUCCACAUGGAGCCAGCUCUCUGCGGUGAAAAGAAAUGGAUUAUCUCAGACAGUUAGCCAGGAGGAAAGGAAGAGACAAGAGGCCAUCUUUGAAGUUAUAUCCUCUGAACAUUCAUAUUUGCUCAGCUUGGAGAUCCUGAUACGAAUGUUUAAAAAUUCUAAAGAACUGAGCGACACAAUGACCAAAACAGAGAGUCACCAUCUUUUCUCCAAUAUUACAGAUGUCUGUGAGGCAAGCAAAAAAUUCUUUACAGAGUUGGAAGCAAGACAUCAGAAUAAUAUCUUCAUAGAUGACAUAAGUGACAUUGUGGAAAAGCACACGGCAUCCACAUUUGACCCAUAUGUGAAAUACUGUACAAACGAAGUCUACCAACAGCGAACACUGCAGAAAUUGUUAGCCACCAAUCCAUCUUUUAAGGAAGUACUGUCACGCAUCGAGUCCCACGAAGACUGCAGGAACUUACCCAUGAUCUCUUUCCUCAUUCUCCCUAUGCAGAGGGUGACUCGCCUUCCCCUGCUGAUGGACACUAUCUGCCAAAAAACUCCUAAGGACUCUCCAAAGUAUGAAGUCUGUAAAAGGGCCUUGAAGGAAGUAAGCAAGUUGGUUCGACUGUGCAAUGAAGGAGCCCGGAAGAUGGAAAGGACAGAAAUGAUGUACACAAUUAACUCCCAGCUGGAAUUUAAAAUUAAGCCUUUCCCUCUGGUCUCCUCCUCCCGGUGGCUGGUGAAGAGAGGUGAGUUGACAGCCUAUGUGGAAGACACGGUGCUUUUCUCAAAAAGGACGUCCAAGCAGCAAGUCUACUUCUUUCUUUUUAAUGAUGUGCUCAUCAUCACCAAGAAGAAGAGUGAAGAAAGUUAUAACGUCAAUGAUUAUUCCUUAAGGGACCAGCUGUUGGUGGAAUCUUGUGACAAUGAAGAGCUUCCUUUGUCUCCAGGGAAGAACAGUUCCACGAUGCUUUAUUCAAGACAGAACUCUGCCAGUCACCUCUUCACUCUGACUGUCCUUAGUAACCACGCGAAUGAGAAAGUGGAAAUGCUGCUAGGGGCUGAGACACAGAGUGAGCGAGCCCGCUGGAUCACUGCCCUGGGACACAGCAGCGGGAAGCAGCCUCCUGACCGGACUUCGCUGACUCAGGUAGAAAUCAUUAGGUCGUUUACCGCCAAGCAGCCCGACGAGCUCUCCCUGCAGGUGGCCGACGUGGUCCUUAUUUAUCAACGUGUCAGCGAUGGCUGGUAUGAAGGGGAGAGACUGCGAGACGGAGAGAGGGGCUGGUUUCCUAUGGAGUGUGCCAAGGAGAUAACAUGUCAGGCCACCAUCGACAAGAACGUGGAGCGAAUGGGACGUUUGCUGGGCCUGGAGACCAACGUGUAGCCUCUUGGGCGGCCUCUUGUGAUGGCACGAUUUGCACUGCAUCGUGGUGGGAGGGGCUGGGUCCAGGCUGGUGUUCUUCUGAGUGCUUAUGCAGCCAACUCGAUGGAAAGGAAGGAAACAUUUGCCCUUUACGCUUGCCAGGUGGUUUUGGGCUCUGAGGAGAAAGGCUAGUUCGCAAAGCCAGGUUGUUGCCACUGUGGCAAACCUCUAGGUGAGCAGAGCACCUGAGCACACAAUCCCCGUGCGAAUCCAGGGCCUGGCUCCUCCUCCAUGUACUGUGUCUGGCAAUAAAGCACGCACCUGCAAUGCCACAUCCUGAUUCUCUAGCCUCACUCACCCAGGAAGGGGCUCUCCCUGUGUAAGCAUCUCCUUCAGGUGAUUUUCCCAGCGUUAGCAAGAGUUCCUGUCUUGAAGGAGUGCUCAGUUUUGUAUAUAUGUUUCCUGCUCUUACAUUUUAGCUCUGAUUAGAAUGCCAUGUGGAUUUCUCAAGAAACUGACAGAGUUCUGAGGGCAGCAAAGUUUUUUUUUAAACCUCUUCCCAGGAAAGGGAAAUUGACACUUGAAUUGUUGCCACCUCUCUCCUGAUAAGCAGGAAAGUCAGGAGGCCUUACUUUUUAUUUUUUUAAAUAUCCAUCUUGCCCAAUAUUGGUCUAAGACAAGUAUAGCCUAAUAACACUAAGCUACGUUAACAGAAUAACAUUUAGAUGGUUCCCAUAUGUGAGAAAAUCUUAACUCUAGGUCAGGGUUCCUCCUUUAAAACGUAAUCCCAGCUGAGCUGAUACACAGACAUGAGGCUGCUUCGCCUUCAGUCAUGCGAGGUUUUUGACCCUUUCUCCUCCCACUCGUUUCCAAGUAGGAAAUGGGCAGAAACAUUUUAAAGCUCCCUGGGAAGACCAGAUUUGGCCUUAAGAGGUAUGGAGACAACCGCAUGGUACUGAACUGAAACGCAACAUUUUGCCUUUCACGGGGGAACCCAUUUUCUCUGCGCUGCAGGCCUCCCUUGCUGGGUUCGGAGCCUCUCUUUACGGCAGCUGUCUGCAGAACUUGGAUUUCUUCCACACGUGCAAGGAGAGAGAACAGCCAUUUUAAAAGUGUGUUUCAGACACAGGGCGUGAGGUUUGGAAGAUUGAGAGAGGAGAGCUGAUCUUUACUAUGUUUGCUCUCUGCUCCAUUCUCUUCCACCAACGGGUAUAACCUGGCCAAGGGGGCAUUGUACAAGGCCUCCGAUCUCUGUGUGACAUGCCCAGCAGCUGUCUGCUAACCAGUUACCCAAAUGGGCAGUGUCGUUGAGAAGCCUGGUGCAGGAGGGAGGUAUACUUGGCUCACGGGCCCUGAGUCCUGCCAGCUCAGCCGUGAGCCUGGGAGGAGCACCCUGGGCCUUCUUCCCCUCCUCCUCCCCCCAAUGGCUCCCCUUUCCCUCUGCAUCCAUUCCUGGGAAAACAUAUGCCAGGCCCUGAGUUCCUUAAGGUUAGGAAGUCACAGCAGGAGGCCACAGCAGGAGAUGUUGGGGACUGAUAAAAAAAAAAAAAUCCUCCUUCCUCGUUAAUGUCCAGAGAUUUUUUUUGGGGGAGGGAAGGGGGGAGAGGGGAACAAAUUGUAAUCUAAUCUAACCUGAUGUUUUCAUUUAGGAAGGAAGGUAAAUCUGUUGCUUGCACAGGGGUCGUUUUGUGUUACUUUUGCUAAUACCCGGACACUAAAAAGCAGCUACACGAGUCCUGUGAAUUAAUUUAUAAGUAGAGAUGUCAAACCGGUUUUGGAAAUUUUGUGCAUCGUAUAAAACAGAGCCUUAUUUAGCAAGCAGGUUAGUACAGUUGUUAGGUAUAACGUGUUUUACAGCUGGUAUUUAACAGGUUCACCAUGUGUGUCGUUUUUAAUGUGACACAGUGUUGUUUUCCAACCUAGUUCAGGUUCUAGAAUAGCGUCUCUGAAUUGCACAGUUUCAUUCCGCGACCUGUGGAGAACAAGAAUAUUCAUUUUUGUCCCAGUGAAUCGAGACUGCUUGUACACUUUUGGCAAAACGUGAAUUUAUAAAGAUUUUGUAUAUACGUG